CCAGCGGCAUAUGCUGCAUCAUAGUUUGCUCCUUAUAGCACGCAGUACUGUGAUCGUUUUACGGCAGACGGCAUGGGGAUUUCCAGAUUCCUUUGAUCAUGACUUGCAUGAGGGGCAUCAAAUAUCGCCUGACAGGUCAUGAACACUUAAAACAGUCCAUGUAUUUUACGUUUUCCUAGGAAUAAUAGCAAUGUAUAUAGCUAGUGUAGCGGCGUACGCACAGUAUCAUCGAUUGUUUUAUUUUUGCGUGGUGCGGCAUAUAAAACUCUUGAUCUCAUUUUUCAAUUGGUCAAGUUCGUGUUUUCGUUGGCUGUUAUACCGAGUGAUAUUUGCAUUUUUGUUAUGGCUACGUCGUCAGUAUUCUGACGGAAGGAUCUGCUCGGAUAAACUCAAUUGAUUUUCAUAUACAUUCUUCGCGUGGGUGUUUACCGCAUCUGCAUUAAUAUUAUAAGGAAUGUGUGUCAAGCGUCUACAACGGCUCUUCUGGAGCUUGAUUAUUUCUCGUGAAUGAAAAAUGCCAUCCCAGAACCGAAUGCGUACAUCUGGCCUCCGCAAUAAUAUUCUAAUUUAACUAUUUGGAGGAAUCUGCUUGCGUGAUUGUAUCUCCAAUGUCCUUAAGUGGCCCGAUCAUAUCAAUCUUUGACCGGCACAACACAACAAUAUUUAUCGCUCUGCCGUAUUGGUAGCUGAAAGCCAACCGACCGGAAAUGGAAAUGGCCGACGAGGAAGAACAGGCCAGUUUAUCAUUGAUGGAUAAUAUAAUAUCGUCCAAUAUGGAUAACGCGACCACCGUCACAAGAUUGACCACAACCACCACUACAACAACAACACGGAUUUCAAAUUUCCUCUACAUUGUGGAGCCACUGGUUAAUUUCACCAUUAAUGCCGGGCGUGAAGCGCGACUGCGAUGUAAUGUCCGCGGCAGCCCAUCGCCACGAUUCCGCUGGUUUAAAAAUGAGGCUCCGUUUGAGGGAGAAAAACGAGGCCGCAUAACCAUUAAGAAAGAUCACGAGGGAUCCAAGAUUCGCAUUCGAAAUUUGGAUGUAUCCGACACCGGUUACUAUCGGUGUGAAGCUUUUAACGGGUUUGACAAGGUGGAAACUACCGGUAUUCUCAAAGUUCUUAUGGUGCCCGGAAAAGCUUCACUACCUCUAGAUCUGGAAGAAAUUGAGCAUGAAUAUGAAGAGCCUACCCAUAUAACAGAGGAAACGGAUAAUGCAUAUACAGCAUCCUUUAAUAUUCGCGCUCCCGAUGUGGCCACUCCCGGUAGUUGUCAGAUUUACAAAGGCACAGCCUGCAUGAAAUUCCUGAAAAAUAUUACGGUAUACAUUGGACAUGGUCAACAUCAGAAUCAUAUCGAGGAAAGCUUACUGGCAGCCUUUGCCUCCAUACCAAAACACACGGAACUGUCCACGCACUGCACGGAAUAUGCCGUGCCCUCGCUCUGCUUUCAUAUGUUCCCCGUGUGCGAUGAAGGAACCACGAAAAAACGACCUAGAGAAUUGUGCCGAGAUGAGUGUGAACUGUUGGAAUCGGAAAUCUGUCGAAAGGAGUACGCAAUCGCCAACUCUAAUCCCAUUCUAAAACAGUUCAUGCCUGACUGCGAUAAACUCCCCAUUGAGCAAUCACUGGAUCAUAAGAAGUGUGUACGGCUGGGUUUACGGCCCUCCAAACAGCCGGCCAGCAAAAUAACCAAAGAGGAAUGCUACAGUGAUGAUCAUGGCGGCGCCGCGUAUUCGGGCAUGACCAAGCACUCUGUAUCCGGUGGCGAAUGCAAAAAGUGGGACGGCGUCCAUCAACCAGAUUUCGCACAUCAUAACUUUUGCCGCAAUCCCGGCGGAUUACAGUCCCGUCCGUGGUGUUUUAAUGCGAAAACAGAUUUGCCUGAGCCAUGCAACAUCCCCAAAUGCGUUACGCCGUCCACGGAUGAUAUUCCCCUCAGCCUUCUGUACAUAAUUAUCGCCUGUGGAGCACUGUUAUUCUUGAUCGUCUUGAUUUCCCUGCUCGUGUGUUGGUGUCGGCGACGUGCGAAGAAGAAUGAGCGCAAAGAGGCUUUUAAAGCCAACAUUAAAACCAAUCCGCUGGAAUUGAAUGCCCUGAUUCCCAAAUACCAGAUCCAUGGACACGUUCCGGAAAUCCAGAUGAGCAGUUUGCGCUUUAUGGAUGUUAUGGGGGAAGGCAGUUACGGCACACUGGUCUACGCUGGACAUUUGACAACGGAAGGCGGCCCCAAAACGGUUAUCAUUCGUCUGCUGAAAGAGACCGGCACUGUGAAAAACAAACAAGAUUUCCAAAAAGAGUUGACUCAAUGGGUCGAUUUCCGGCAUCCUAAUGUGACGGCUUUGAUUGGCGCUCAUACUGAACGGGAUCCCUUUUUCAUGGUCUUUGAGCACACACUUUUAGGCGAUAUGCACGAAUACGUCCUGGAAACAUUAAAUAACAGAAGCGUUACGAGUACGAAGCACCUGGACCCGGGGUCGUAUGCGGAAAAUCUGCACAUGGCCACGCAAGUAGCCGCUGGCCUGGAGUAUUUAGCGGCCAACUGUUUCGUGCAUAAGGAUGUGGCGGCUCGCAAUUGCUGGGUAUAUGAAGACGGCCACGUUAAAGUCGCAGAUUACGGCAUUGGACCAACGCGCUAUCCAGAAGAUUAUUCCAGACUUCAGAAUCACAUCUUGCCAGUACGCUGGAUGGCCGCCGAAUCAAUCAAUUACAAUCAAAUCACCCUGCACUCUUCCGUAUGGUCGUUUGGUGUGCUCAUGUGGGAGAUUUGGUCGGAAGGUCGUCAACCGUACUUCGGUUGCUCACUGCAGGAAAUCCUGCAGAUGAUCCGCACUCGCCAGCUCCUUCCGCAGCCCGAUGACUGUCCGGCUCACAUUUACGCUCUCAUGGUGGAAUGCUGGCAUGAGAACGCUGUACGCCGUCCUAGUUUCAAGGAGCUGCACCAGCGCCUGUGGAACUGGGAGCGGGGCCGGGUGGGCCCACUGUCCGGUGGGGAUCUGAAUAAUUCCGGUCGCAGCCGCAGCACCGUGAGCCAGCACAGUAGCAAUGGGCCCAGCAAUAACACCGGAUCAACCCACAUCAGCAACGGAUUUCCCAUUGCCAAUACGGCACAGUUCAACUUCGCGGCACCCAUAAUCCCCAGCUCACCUAAUGUUGUCAGCAAAUUCUCCACGGAUCCUCGACGCCAGAUGGGCACGCAAACCGGCGCUAACAGUAUUAUUCCUCCUUCACCGCUGCUACGCAAUUCGUCUGCGCUCAAUACACCGCAGUUUCGCGGACCACGCUUCGUAUCCGCCUUGCCGGCAUCGUCGCAGCUGCAUUCGUUCAACAUCGACAGGACGACCAACCUGUAAACCUUUUUUUCUGGUUUCUUACAUUUAAUAGCGAUUUUCUGAGUCCCUCCUGUUUUGUUUGAGAAAGAACACGCAAUCGAUACAAGACUGAAAAUACAAAAUUUAUAAACAGGUCCAAUGUAUACUAUUAUUGACUAGGAAGAUUAUUCCUUGGUUAGUCACAUGUCAUUGUGAAAUCCCAAGUUGAAAGUAACAAUCACGGUCCGGGUUGCUUAUAAAAAUAAACCAAAUUGAAAGAAAGAUCACUGCCUUAAAGAUCUCGACGAUCCGCGAGGGGAAGAUAUACGAUAAGCACUGGCAACGGAAUUCUGCGCACGAGUCGACGGAUUAACUGGGGGCCCAACAGCGUUUCGCUGAGUAUCGAGAAAGGUCGACGGUUUAGAACGAUCAUCCGCAGAUGUCCCAA